CUGUAUAGGCCAAAAUAACUGCACAGUUUUAUCAUACACAUGUAGUGGUAGGCCUGCAUAGGCGUGCCUGUACAGUCAUAAUUGACAGACUUACCGGAACGUGUGGUCGAACAUUAUUAACGAACAUCAUUUCCGGAAGGAAAAAUAUUAUCCUUCGUCGCGGGGCUGGCUUGUCACUGUUUCAUUGGAAAAUCGAUUCGGAAAACAUCGCUCCGGGGUGAAGGUAGCGGCGAGAUUACCCGGACAGUAGUGAAACGCAAAAGAUAAAAUGUCGUGGUGAAUUUUUGGCUGUUGAAACAUACGACGAAAACCGCCGGAAUGACAGGUCAUAUCUGGUUCUGCUUCUUAUUGUUCUUAACGGGCUACUGUGAUUGCUCACUAACGGGGACAAUAUCAUCGUUCCCGAUAAACCUCGAGAACAAUCCUUACUGUCGUAUUUGCCCCAAUCACACCAUGUGCCGAUUUCCGCUCGAUACUGAUGGCAUUAGAUGUAUAAACCUCCAGCAUGCUGAUCUGGACGACAAAGAUAUUGAAACUAUACUCCAUUGGCACAAUACUUAUCGCAAUACUGUGGCAAGUGGGAAAGAAAUACGAGGAAAUCCAGGUCCACAACGUCCAGCAAAAUUUAUGAUGGAAGUGAUGUGGGAUGACGAACUUGCUCUUAUCGCGAGACGAUGGGUGGUACAGUGCAACCUUCUCGAGAAAGAUCAGUGCAGAGAUGUUGGAUUUGGAGUAUGGCAGAAUGUGCACAUUUUCGAAAUAGAUAACAUGGGAAACCUGUCAUCCAUCGCAAGGAUUCGCUUUCAUAUUCAAUCAUGGUACGACGAAGUAGAAGAUUUCGAUUCGGCGGAAUUCGGAUUGGUGAAUUUCGUCGCAAAAAGUAACUUGCCUUACAUUCCAUUCGCGUUGUCGACAAUCAGUCGGAUCGGUUGCGGUCGUGCAAUUUAUACACAGCGAUCGAGAUUCAAAGUUAAAAACAUGGCGACGUCGUCAACCGAACAUACAAUAGCCAUUGCAUACGGAGAAGUUCGUGUGGAGGCUCUGGUGUGCAAUUACGGCCCUCUCGAUUGGAACACACCAAGAGAAUUGUACGAAGAUGGUGUACCGGCAGUUUGUCCAGCGGGAACGAUGCGGAGCACACAAUAUCGAGCCCUAUGUCAAAAGUUUCAGGGAUGGCAUACACAAAAGCAGCGUAAAGUUCAAGAGAAGCGAGGUAAAAAGAACAAUGGAACAACGAACAACAAAUUUCUGAAAUCUACAGUUUAUCUUAUUCAACUAGUAUUAUUAUUUCUGAUACGCCUAUUGACGUGAUCGUCCACUUAUCGUCGUUAUCCGAUGUGCUAUUAAUAGACCGUAUUCACCAGUUAACCACUGUUUAUACCAUAGUCACCGGGGUCGGCUCAUUAACUUCGAUAACGAGGAACUUGGAUCUACUAAACGCGUCUAUCGCCUACCAUGUUGACUUCUUACUCGGUCAAUUUGCCGUCCUCUUACUUUUUUUGUCAACUCCAAGAAUUUGAUCUUACGAUUAAACGACCGUGACGAGGCAACACGAACCUGCCUACAGAAAAAAAAGGAGGAAAGAACGAAGGAAAAAGAACGGACCCGACUUGUCCAGAGCGAUAAUUGAAAGAGACCGAAAAGAGAAUCGGGACAAGGCGGUUGAUGAAUAUUUCAGCGAGGAUCAAGGCUGAGAAUUAUGGGGCGGAAAAGGAAGGGUCUCUGUGGAGGGAACAGCUGGAAAAGGACGUGUCGUGGAUUUCGUUUCAACGAAGAAGAAACGAGGAAAUCGACGUUCCGUAAGUGGAACGGUGUCGACGCCCGUUUUGCGUUAUUUUCUUGUUUGGUCGCGAUGUCGGCCCACGUUUUUCCUCGUGGCAUAUUUGUUGCCUGACGUGUCGUCGAGUAGUGUUCGAUUGGUCAGAUUGCCCUUUCCAAGAUGGGAGCAAAUACUUACUAUACGCGUAAGCGAAAUUUGGAUCAUAUUUUGAUUCUGGUGCACCUGGUGUAAAUAGACAAAGAUGGUUCUAUUAAAAUAAUCGUUAGUUGUACAUAUAUUAUAAUAAGAAAAAUGAUAAAUUGAUACUUUUAUUUUUUAUUUUUAAGUUAUUCUAAGAAAAUAGAUGUUGUAUAUUCAUAAAUUGAAUUCUAUAUUAUCUGAUAUUUGUUAAUAAUUUUUAUUUAAGAGAUAUAAUGAUAUUUCAUUGUAUUAUCUUUUUAUGUAUUUCAAGAGAAUAGAAAUGAAAAUAUAUGCAGUAUUAUCUAAAA